AUGGCUAUGGACCAGACAUUUUCAAGGGGUCGUGGAAAAUCCCAAGAUAGCCCUUGGGGAUCGGAGCUGCCUCCGUCUCUACCGUCCCAAGGAACCCUUACUGAAAAGCGGGACUGUAGCUCUGAGGCUUGGCACGUCAGCUUUAGAGCGUUUACAAGCUCGGAGGAAUCAGACCCCGUCAAGGAUCUGAGGAGACUCUAUGGACUCUGCCGUCUGUGGCUGAGGCCAGAUCUUCACACCAAGGAGCAGAUUCUGGAUAAGCUGGUGAUGGAGCAGUUUAUGAUCUCAAUGCCGCAGGAGCUCCAGGUCUUAGUUAAGGAGAGUGGUGUGGAGAGUUGCAAAGACCUGGAGAACAUGCUAAGAAAUAGCGUGAAACCCAAGAAAUGGACGGUAGUCAGCUUACAAGGACAGAAAUUUCUUGUGCAAAAUUCAGAUGCUCAGAUGGCUGAAGCUGAGGUCAGUGACAUGGACGAUGUGAGAGGCUUGUCCAGGAAGCCCCAAACCUCUGUGAGUGAGAUAUAUCCAGAGAACAGCCAGAAGGUCAGCCAAGAGCUGGGGAACCCGCCAGGAAUCAAUGAAAUCUCAAGGGCGCAGGGACAGAAAGUUCUCCUGCCAGAGACCGCUCUUGAAGUAGGUGAACUGGAGGGUCUGAGACCCAAGCAGAACUUGGAGAACGACCUGAUGGAAGACAAGGAAGAGACAAAAGUACAUAAAUCUAAAGACCCUCAGCUUCUGGAGGGUCCUGCAGAUUGUGUGAGGGCAAAGGGUGGGAAGAAUCCCCGAGAAGAAACUUCUGUUAACAAUGUGGAUGCUGACAUACCUUCCACCCACAUUUCGGAGAGAGAAGUGUCAACUCCGAGUAGGAACAGAAGAGAUUCUUGGAAGAGUCCAAGAAGCUCCAAAAGAAGAAAACAGGACAACGCCUCCAUUUGCCAAGAAGUGCCUCCAGAAGGAGCCUCAUAUUUGGACAAAAGAGAAUUCUCAGGACAACUUGGGUCAAAUUCAGUUCAUUCACCAAGCGCUGUGGGAUCAACCGGUCUUCCUGUUGGCAAAGAAGCCACGGGAUGGACACCCUACGAAUGUAGGGUAUGCAAGAAGAGAUUUCAUUAUAAAUCUCAGUUCGACAUUCACCAGAGGACACACACAGGCGAGAGACCCUUCAGAUGCAAUAUCUGUCCCAAGGGUUUCAUGCAGUCUUCAGACCUCCGAGUUCACCAGCGAAUCCACACAGGCGAGAAGCCAUACUGCUGUAGGCUCUGUCUCAAGAAGUUCACUCACGACUCCACCCUGCGUAGCCACGAGAAGGUCCACACCAAGGAAAAGCCUUACCAAUGUGAAGAUUGUGAGAAAGCUUUCAGCCACAGGGGGAAUCUCAACGUUCACCGACGCACCCACUCUGGACUCAAACCCUAUAUGUGUCACCAGUGUCACCAUGCCUUCCGUCAGCUGGGGACUUUUAAACGCCACCAAAAAACACAUUCAAAAAUGACUCCCAAGAAGGAAAUUAACGGUGAUCUGUCACCUGUGUUAUAA